GGAUGAUGCUACAUGAUUCAUUAUCUUUUAAAGCUUCUUAAAGAGCAUUGUUAUUCUAUCGUCUGCUGCAAAAUACAACUUUAUCAUUAAUAAAAAAUAUUUAAAGAAUAAAGAAGUAUUAUAACGUAAUCGAUAUACAUAAUUAUAUAUUUUUAAAUAAUAAAAUUUACUGAAUUUAAAAAAUGGGAGUAGCAUUUACUACUGUCAAAUGGUUUGUUUUCGCCCUAAAUAAAAUAUGUCUGUUUCUUGGCAUUGGCGCUAUUAGUUUGAAUGCAGUGGGCUUUAAAGAUUCACAACCGGGCACUGAUGCUCAUACAUUUUUUAUUUUGGCCAUUUUGCUGUGUUCUCUUCUGUGCUUGACCACAAUUAUUGGCUGCUAUGGUGUGUUUAGUGAAGUUUUUGGCAUAAAUGUCAUUUACUCAAUAUUUAUAUUGGCGUUGCUGAUCAUACAAUAUUUACAAAUACGUUCAUUUCAACCGCAUGAAUUUUAUUUCAACAAUUUGAAAGACUUGGAAUCAGCAUGGCGUUUAGUUGAGACACAACCAAAAUAUAUGGAUUCAAUUCAGUUACAACAUUACUGUUGUGGUUUGUUUAAUGCUCACGAUUACUCGUAUAAACACUUAUCAAUACCCGAAAGUUGUUACGCUUCGAAUAUUGAAACCGAUGAUGAUGUUUUAGCCGCCAGAGUUCAUCAACUAAAUAAUGUCGGAUGUUUGGAUACAGUAUGGAGAUCUUACAAAUUCGCUAUACAUCGUCAUGUUUUAUUUAACUGGGCGCUUCUUAUAACCGAGUUUAUUACAUUUGUCUAUUCGAUUAUUUUAAGUAUUUUAAUAUUUAAACGACGAUUUCAACCACGUUUUGAAAAUCUUAAUCGCGCUGUUGUUCAAGAAUUUGCCCAACAAAAUCAUUUCGGUUCUAGGCAACUACUACUGUCGAACUGAUUGAAGGCACUUUUUCUAUAUUACAUCAGAACGAACGUGUGGAGGUGGAUUAAGUGGAAUGGCUGCAACUCCAGUAUAUUUUGAAAUUAAGUUAUUUAUUUUGGACAUUUGCAUUCUGUCUGCCAUGUAAUAUGCAAUACCCGUUAUAAUACCGUGUAAUAUC